AUGCCCUCAGUCAGCGGCCUUGCCUCCAAGUUCUCGAAGCGUCUCGAGGACUCACUCAACAAACAUGUCUCCGAAUUCUUCAACAACGACUCAAGCAGUCAUGAUUCACCAUAUCCUUACCAACAACCAAUUCACCAGCAAAAUGCACCGGCGCCUUACAGACACAACCCUGGUCCCUACUUCUUCCCACAGCGCCGCCCGCCAGGUAGUCCAGCACCUGUACGCCAUCCUAGCAGCGAUCCUCGCAAGGUCGAGGUCGCACAUGUCGAAGAGCUCGGCGUCGUCAAGUCCAGCACGACUCGCGUCGAGCGGGAUCUAGGAUUCCAGGGUCGACUAGGUGAUCACGUCCUUAUUACAUAUGGCGACACGAUGUUUCGGGACGAGAAUUGGAGCGACAACUUCAUUGGCAUGACGUGCAACUCGGUGGCCAUUGCAACUCCCAACCCUAUCUCUGUGUAUGAUCCGUUGUUGGACGAUCGUGGAUUUCCGAAGCAUCUUCUUGAACCGAGUAAAGAGUAUGGAGAGACUCACCAUUCUCUGGGUAUCACUAACGUAGUCGAGCUUGAGGAUGGCCGGGGGCUUCUGUACUUCCUGCUCAAUUACCGUGAACACGUCGAGUCCGAUAUCCAGGGCGCUGGCGUCGCAGAGGUUUAUGUAGACGUCGACCAACAUUCCGGCCAGCCUGUACCACGAGCUACACGCCUCUGCCGAUGGUGGUGGGAUGGCAAGACAGAGCCAUGGUAUGGCGAUUGUUGUAGCGUGCGCUUCAACGGGUUCGUGUACGCUCUCGGUCAUAAGAACGAGAACCCUUGGGUCUACGUUGCCAGAGUUCCGGAACGAGAAGCCUUUAAUCUUGAGGCAUACGAGUAUUGGAACGGUACAGGCUGGCAGCGUGAGAGACUGAUCGGCGCGCUCGGGGAGAAAGAGAGUAUUAUGUGGCAGACUGGUCAAGGUCAGAUCUUCUGGUCGGAGUACCACGGCUGUCUUUGCUUCGUGUACUGUGAUGCUUGGUGGACGGAUCAGGUGCUGAUUCGCACGGCAAAGUGCCCGGAGGGCCCAUGGACGGAGGCUCAGACGUUAUACAAGGCGAUACGUCAUAGAUCUGAUGGGUGUAUAUAUGCUGCAACGCCCCAUCCAUACUUCGAUCCGAGUGGUAAGACGUUGGUCAUCACAUACACCAACAUGCCAGCGGUUGUCGAGGCUAUCAAAGUCACUUUUGUGUAG